GUCCGCUCAGUUGGCUUCCAGUCGCGCGCUCUCGCUGUCGUGUGUGUGUUCUCGAUCGCGAGAAAUCGUAAUUAAAAAUUGGAUUCAGAAUUAGUUAAUGCUGGACAACCCGGCCGGGUGAUAUGGUGAAACUCCUCCUCGUCGACGUCGGAAAAGCCCAGCGCGCGUCGCGAUAAAAAACGAUAAAAGCCAGUGGCAGCUGAUGGUUCCAUAAAAGCGCAUGCGCGCUGACCCAUUAGUUUCACUCCACGCCGGCACACAGAACCGAACGACCACGAUCCACUGAUCCACCGUUCCAAGCGUAACUUGGAAUCCAAACGCGGGACAGUCGUUAAAGUUGGGAUCCAAAAACCUGGUGACCAAAUCACUUAACAUCCCAAAAACCAAUGCCAAAACCGUAACCCACACCGAAAUAAGAAACAAUAAAAACCCGGAGACAGAGACCGCGAUCAGCGACCAAAAACGGUUCAACUAAAGCGGCGAGAGCGAAACUAAAGUGAAAAGCAAACCGACUAAUUGAAGUGUCUUCGUCUGUCUGUGUCUCGCAAACGUGCAAAGGAAACAAACAAAACGGGAAACGGAAUAGGCAACGGCCACGGCAACGGCGCAACACCUAAUAGCUAACAAAAUAUUUAUAAAUAAAUACCAAUCCGGCGGCUACAACUACGGCAACAAUAAUAAUAAUAAUAACCAACGCGAAUAAAGACCGGCAUUAACAUUUAGUCGUGCCAGUUUGUUUAUUUAACACACACUUACACACAAGCAGGCCCCAUAAAAAAUAUCAGAUCGAGAUAUAAACAAAGUCUGAAACCGAUUCGCGGAUCCCCUGCUCUGUAUAUUAAGCCCCGAUCCCGACGCAGACGGAAGCCGUCCUCAGAAUAUAUAUAGUUAUAUAGACAAACGGACGAAAUGCCGCCCAUGUGGUUCAAGAUGAUCAAGGUCCUGGUGCUGCUCUUCGCCCUCUUCACCACGAUAGUUUGUAUCAAUAGCGAAAUAUCGAAGCGGCGCGAGGCCGAGGCGGCGGCGGCGAAUGCAGCGGCAGAGUUGGCGGCCUUAAAGGCCGCCGCCAGCGGGAGCUCGUCAGGAAAUUCCAAAGGUUCCGACGUCGACAUGUCCGGCUUUACGUCCGAAAAUGUGCUCGCGAUUCUGCGCGGACCCAAUAAGACCAAGGAGUUGCAGGCCAAGGAUCUCAAUAAAAUCCUGGAAGAGCUCUUCAUUGUGAACGAUGAUAAGGGUUUACACCUCUUUAAUACAACGACCGCGGACAGUGCACCCUCCUCACCAGUCAUGCCCAUACCCACCAUGCUGGCGGCUCAGCCCCAGCCCCAGAGUCAGAGUCAGAGACAGUCCCCGGUCCAGACCAGCCAUUACCAUCAGUACCAUGGCCUGAGCCAACCAGAUCAAUACUUCAAAGUGCAGCGUUCCCCGGACGGCAAGCUGAAUCUGGUCUUUAACGACACCUUCGUCUCGUUGCAGGGUACUAACGCCCAAGCCCAAGUUCAGCAACAGCAACAACAGCCCCAGCAGCAGUCGACUCCUGCCCCGCACAUCCGUAGGCCGCCGUCGGACACCUUUGUCUUCCCAGGCUCAGAGAAAAGGUAUCUGAACGUAUCCAACAGCUCCCAGUGCGGGGACGAGCCCAACCAGGAGUCCAAGUCCUUUUGCACCCAGGUGGACAAUUACCCAGAUCUCUCGGCCCUCAAGCAGAAGCUGGCCGGGAAGUUUGCCAGGUUCUUCAACGACGAACUCCAGCCGCAGGAUGUGAGUGCCCGUGUGGGCACUGCCGAUGACGAGGUGUUCCUGUGCCGCACCAACAGACGGAUCCUGUACCCGAAGAAGGGCCUGAAGGCGGACAACUCCUGGCAGCUGAUUGUCAAUGACGAGGAGUUCAAGCAGGGCAUUCAGAUCGAGGAAUGCGAGGAAAAGGACCUGCCUUGCGGCUAUGCCGAGAACUUCCCGCAGCGGUACAAGCCCGUCUGCAGGCAGCACUUUGUGAUGCGGAACCUGGCCAGCAUUCCCAACAGCGGGCAGCUGGACGUGGUCCAGGACGUCUUUAAGAUCCCCUCCUGCUGCAAAUGCGUGCUGGUGAAAAACCUGUGAGAGGCGCGUGGCCCCAGGUUCAAUGAGAUUUGUGAUUUUGGAGCAUCAAAGUUUCACCCACAACAGAAUGGCAGGCCAAACUGUCCAGGGGAUCGUUGUUUUAUUUCAUAAUCUGUACCCUUGAUCUUAAUUUUAAUGAAACAAAUCAGAAUCCACCUUAGGCUGCGUUUAAAAUAAUUUUAAAAAUCUAAAUCGAGUCAACAUCAACCUAUUCGUGUCAUAUUUCCCAUAAUGACUUGUUUCCCUGUCUAACUUUUAAGCUAGAAAUGCAUGCAAUUAGUCGUAGAAAAAAACACACACAAAAAAGGAAAAAAACACCACAAAACUAUAUAAGAAUAUAUGUUAAAAAAGAACAACAAAAACAAGAUAAUGUAUAAUAAAUGUAUGCAAGUACAUGCCAGCAAAGUAAA